CUCUUCCAGGAAGUUCCAUCCAUCAUCUCUGCACUAGAAGAGUAUGUAACACUGGAAGAUCUGGAUGGUGAAAACAGCUACAAGUGCAGCAAGUGUGAAAAGAUGGUAUUUGCAACCAAGAGAUGUUCCAUCCAUCGCAUUCCAAAUGUUCUGAUCCUGUCACUGAAAAGGUUCACAAGUGACACCGGUGGAAAGAUCAACAAGGCAGUAAAAUAUCCAGAAUAUUUGGACCUCCGGACAUACAUAUCACAAUCAAGUGGAGAACCAGUCUGGUACAGAUUAUAUGCAGUGCUGGUUCAUAGAGGCUUCAGCUCUGACUCAGGACACUACAUCUGCUAUAUAAAGGCUGGUGAUGGGCACUGGUAUAAAAUGAAUGAUGAUUCUGUCCAGCUUUCAGAUAUAGAAACAGUUCUCAGUCAGCAAGCUUAUUUACUUUUUUACAUCAGUGUCCUUGGACCUCAAUGGUAUUCUGAAAUCUCAGGAGAUGGCACAGCAAGGAAGUCCUCAUAUUGCAGAGAGGAAAAAGCAGAACUAAGAAACAGGAAAAGAAAACACAGACAUGGAGAAGGAAGCAGAAGUGAGAUGGAAAAGAAAUGCCAAAAGACAGAUGACCAAAGUAUGGAAGAAGAGUUUGUGAAGAAGGUGAAGAGGAGAAAGAAGUCCAAAAAGAAACAUCGACAGAGGAAUUACGAGUGUGGAGAUUACCAAUGGAAGCCCUCAGGACUAAAAACAAAUCCAACAUCAAACCCAAACACGUUUUACCAUCAAACCAGACCUUACUGGUGAUCACCAUCAGACCAGACAUUACUGAACUUGACCAUGGGACCCAACCUUACUGGACCCAACUUGCAUUACUGAUCUUGACCACUGGACCUGACGUCACCAAUACUGACCACUUCACCAGACUGCACCACUCAAACACACAGUUCUGAUUGUCUCUCUCAAAACUAUAUGUGUUCUCUUA